AAGCGAGGUAGGGCAACGACUGGGUGGGCGGCUGGUUUUGCGGAGUGGAUGGGCACGUGAUUGGUGGGGUCUUGACGACAUCGCGAUGCCGACGACUGUUAGUGUCGCGGACUCUUGAACCAACCACCAGUCUGAUCAGCGAGGACAGGGCCCCUGGACAGGUAUCGAAGCGUUCCGGCAAUGGGCAUUCUUACUGCUCUGUCCGAUGGCGUCAAAAGCCGAUCUCAUUGCCAACUCUGUGCUCGCUGAGUUUGACAAGCUUCCGCCUAAGCGCAAGCCGUCGCACCGAGGAAACGGACAUCAGGAAUGGGUGCCCCUGAGCGGCAUCGUCGUCGAACAUGGUGACCAUGUGCGUUGUGUAGCAUUGGCAACGGGCAUGAAGUGUCUGCCAGCCAGCAAGAUCCCCCACGCCAAUGGCAUCGUCCUCCAUGAUUGGCAUGCUGAGAUCCUCGCCAUCAGGACAUUCAACCGUUUCUUACUAGAAGAGUGUGCCUCUCUGAUCAGAGGAGACGAUUCGCACAUCGUUGACUUCAACACUGGUGCGGAGCAACCUUUCAAGAUCAAGGAUGGGAUCAAGUUUCACAUGUACUGCUCUGAAGCUCCGUGCGGCGAUGCGAGCAUGGAACUCUCCAUGUCUUCACAAACCGAUGCAACACCUUGGACCGACCCAGGACCCGGGCCCAUUCCCUUAUUACCAGGGCGUGCCGACUUCUCACAGCUGGGCAUUGUCCGGCGAAAGCCAAGUCGAAGAGAUGCACCGGCGACGCUGUCAAAGUCGUGCUCCGACAAGUUGGCCUUGAAGCAGUGUACUUCACUCAUAUCAGGCUUAGUAUCGCUGUUGGUUAGUCCACGCGGCGCAUACAUUGAUACCCUCACCGUGCCCGAGUCACAACAUACUGAAAGCGGAUUUCGUCGGGCCUUCUCAAAGGAUGGGAGGAUGAAGAACUUGCAGAACAACAUUUGGUCUGACGACUAUGCAUUCAGGCCUUUUCAAAUAGGGACAACGAGUGUCGAGUUCGCGUAUUCAAAGCGCAGUGUCACCCACACAGCCGAGAAGAUAUCGCCUAGUCCGUUGGCGACGGCGUGGUCAGCAUCGGGGAUAGCCGAGAACAUUGUCAACGGCGUCAUACAAGGGCGAAAGGUGGGUGAUCCCAAGGGGGCCAGUCGCAUGUGCCGUCAGCAGAUGUGGUUACUGGCACAGAGCCUUGCGGAUCAGUGCAAUAAUAGGCCCUCACUAACUGCUGCGCUCCACGGCGCAACCUAUACGCACGUCAAGGCGGAUGCACUCCUGCAGUCAAGAGGCCAGGUCAUCGCCAUAACGCAGCUCGUCGCCCUCAAGGGAUGGAUCAAGAAUAGCGGAGAUACGGGCUUCCAGUUGGGCCAAGCACAGAGAAUGGAAAC